AUGGAGAAUGAUUCUUCUAAGAAAAUUGAAGUUUCUACCCUAAACCCCAAUUUACAAUCAAGAGGUGCUUUGGUUGUAUUAGAAGGGUUAGAUCAAAGUGGAAAGAGCUCUCAGUGUAUUCAGCUUCUCUCUCACUUGCAAAGUAUUGGGUGUUCUGCUGAGUUAUGGCGAUUUCCGGAUCGAAAUACUGAUGUUGGGCAGAUGAUCUGUGCUUAUCUUUCUAAUCAAUCUAAUUUGGAUGAUCAUACUAUUCAUCUUUUGUUCAGUGCUAAUCGUUGGGAGAAAAGAUGGUUGAUGCCUGCUUGCCAAUGGAAGAAGUCCAGAAGAAGCUCAGAGAAUAUGUGCUUGAGUGUGUUGCGGCCUGCAAAAAUGGAAGGGCUCUGUCUCACUUCUGGUCACAAUAGGCAAGCUUCCAUAUGCCUCUUGCUCGCUUGGGCGAAAUUGUAUACUAUAGUCAGUAAUUAG